GCUUCGGUGGGUGGGGCAUUCGCGGUGGCCGGCUCUAACUUUGGCGCAACUGCAGUGGCAUCAGCAACAGGACUAGGUGAAGGAGGCUCGCCGCUCUUAUUGAAGUUGAUCUCAAGCAAAGGGUUGAACUUCGCCAAGGUCUCCUCCUAA